CACCCGCACCCUCCUCCGCCCGCUAGCCUGCCGCAGCUCGAGCUCCGCGGCCAUCCGGAGACCCGCGGCGCGCGGCGACAUGGCGGGCGGCCACCGCCUCCUGCUGGAGAACGCGCAGCAAGUGGUGAUGGUGUGCGCCCGCGGCGAGCGCUUCCUGGCGCGGGACGCGCUGCACAGCCUGGCCGUGCUGGAGGGCGCCAGCCUGGUGGUGGGCACGGAUGGGUUUAUAAAAGCCAUUGGUCGGGCUGAUGCUAUCCAAACACUGUUUUCUGAAGAAACGUUUGAAGAAAGAAUUGACUGUUCUGGGAAAUGCAUCUUGCCAGGUUUGGUGGAUGCACACACACAUCCAGUCUGGGCUGGUGAAAGAGUUCACGAGUUUGCAAUGAAGUUGGCAGGAGCCACGUACAUGGAAAUUCACCAGGCUGGAGGAGGCAUCAACUUCACUGUGGAGCACACGCGCCAAGCCUCGGAGGAGGAGUUAUUCUGCUCCUUUCAGCAGCGGUUGCAGUGCAUGAUGAGGGCGGGGACCACACUGGUGGAGUGCAAGAGCGGAUACGGCCUCAACCUGGAGACGGAGCUCAAGAUGCUGCGUGUGAUUGAGCGCGCUCGGCGCCAGGGGCCCAUCAGCAUCUCCGCCACUUACUGCGGGGCUCACUCAGUGCCAAAAGGAAAGACUGCUACAGAAGCUGCUGAUGAAAUCAUCAAUAACCACCUCCCAAAGCUGAAGGAGCUUGGCAGCCGUGGGGAAAUACAUGUGGACAACAUAGAUGUGUUCUGUGAGAAAGGCGUCUUUGAUCUCAAUUCCACCAGAAGGAUUCUUCAAAGUGGAAAAGAUCUAGGAUUACAGAUUAACUUUCAUGGGGAUGAACUCCAUCCUAUGAAGGCUGCUGAGCUGGGAGCUGAGCUGGGAGCUCAGGCGAUCAGUCACCUGGAAGAAGUGAGCGAUGAAGGCAUCGCUGCCAUGGCAACGGCCAGGAGCUCUGCUGUCCUCCUGCCCACCACCGCCUACAUGCUGAGACUGAAGCAACCUCGGGCUAGGAAGAUGUUAGAUGAAGGGGUAAUCGUUGCUCUGGGCAGUGAUUUCAACCCUAACGCAUAUUGCCUUUCAAUGCCAAUGGUCAUGCAUCUGGCCUGUGUGAACAUGAGAAUGUCCAUGCCUGAGGCCUUGGCGGCUGCCACUAUCAAUGCAGCUUAUGCGCUGGGAAAAUCUCACACACAUGGAUCUCUGGAAGUUGGUAAGCAGGGAGAUCUCAUUAUCAUCAAUUCGUCCAGAUGGGAGCAUUUGAUUUACCAGUUUGGAGGCCAUCACGAAUUAAUUGAAUAUGUUAUAGCUAAAGGAAAAGUCAUCUACAAAAAAUGAAAGAUCUGAAAGGAAAGAGAAGACUCUUCGACUGUAUAAGCCAAUGCAGUUGUAGUAAAAGUUAAAAUACCAUAGUAAUUUACCAGGGUGAUGUCAGAUAUAUUUCAGUGCUUUGUUAAUCCACUUGAAAAAACCAAGAGAUAAAUUUAUUUUCUUUUAACAUGUGUACCUGGACAUACAAAUAGGUAAAUCAAUUGGAUCAUAAUCUUAUAACAUUAAAUCAUCUCACAGAGA